UUCAUUACUUUGAUGGAAGAUGGAAGGUUAAGCGCCUGAAAAUGUCCACUUCCGGUUCACUUGACGCAACAUCCGUGUCCGCUCGUCACACUUGCCGUUUUUUCGUGUUCCCUUCUUUUAACCAAACAAACUCCUUUAAAGCAUUCUCAUCGGACGUCACCGAAGAACAUCUUCGCCCUGAGAAACCCCUCCACUUUAAACAGGAGUCGGAGAUGUACAUUAAAGAAGAAGAACAGGAAGAGAAAAUCACCAAGUGUACAGUGGCCAUCAGCGUGAAGAGGGAAGAAGAUGAAGGUCCAAGCAAACACAGCGGAGCAACGAAACCUUCGAGUGACAGCUCAUUUCAGCACCUGACAACAAAAGAAGAGGGACGAUCGCAACCGGAUGGCCUGUUAGCUCCACUCUCGGACAGCGAUGACGUAACGUCACACUCUUCUGACUUUACCACUGAUAAGGAUGAUGAUGACUUUGACCAAAAUGCUUGGAAAUCCCUAAACAAGUCCUCAUUGAAAAGAAAUGCAAAAGAAUGUGCUGGUGGAAAGCCGUUUGCCUGCACACUUUGCGGCAGAGGAUUUUCUCAGAAGGGUCAUUUAAAAGUGCAUACGCGUUUACAUACUGGAGAAAAGCCUUUUGUCUGCACUUGUUGUGGUAAAAGAUUCUCCGAAAACAAAAAUUUAAACAGACACGCAAGAAUACAUACUGGAGAGAAGCCUUUCACCUGCUCACUUUGCGAUAAAAGAUUUUCUCAGAAGGCUAUGUUAGAAAGUCACACCCGUACACAUACUGGAGAAGAAAAGCCUUUUGCCUGCACAUGUUGUGGUCAAAGAUUCACAGAGAAGAGAAAUUUAUACAGACAUGCAAGAACACAUACCGGAGAGAAGCCUUUCACCUGCUUAGUUUGCGAUAAAAGAUUUUUUCAGAAGACUCUGUUAGAAAGUCACACCCGUAUACACACUGGAGAAAAGCCUUUUAUCUGCACACUUUGCAACAAAAGUUUUUCUCAUAAGUCUUAUUUAAUGAUACAUAAGCGUACACACACUGGAGAAAAGCCUUUUGUCUGCACAUGUUGUGGUCAAAGAUUUGCCCAGAAGGGAAAUUUAAACAAACAUGCAAGAGCACACAGUGGAGAGAAGCCUUUUGCCUGCUCCUUUUGUGGUAAAAGAUUUAAUCAGAAGAGAUAUUUAGUAUCUCACGCAAGACGCCACCCUGGGGAAAACCCAUUGAAUUGCAGCGUUUGACAAGAUAUUCAAAAAUUUACGGUGGAAAAAGCUUUUCAACUUUCUUAUUCAGUUUCCCUUGAGCCUGUAGUGAAAAAGUAGUUGAAAUGAUUUUGCAGGCCCUUGUCUUUUUCACAACUAUCCAAUAUUAUUGAUUUUAUUUUUUUGUUCAUUUUUAAUCGAAUAAAUUAGGUUAAGUUUAGGUUUGGUUACGUCAUAUAAAGCUUGAUCUUCUGUUUUAUAUUAUGACUUUUCUGCUACCUUAAUUUACUCAGAUUUAGUUUUAGUCGUGAAGGGAAAUAACAUUUUAAAAAGCAGUACUAACAUUUAAAAAGAACGAAACAAUAAAAUGCAUUUGCUAUAAGAAAGUUGAGACUAUUUCUGGAGGCAGGGGGGCCCUAUUGAUAACGUACCAUUUCGGACCAGUGAUUGGCACUCAUGGAGUGAAGGCAGCAAAAGACAACAUGCCAUCUGGAGUUAACCCACCUUGGGGAGGUCUAAAGGAGAAGAAGCAAAGGGCACAUUUCCUUGGGUCAGAGGGCAUGUAGGGGCACCUAGGGGAAUGACGUGGCUCAGUGGUAGUGUAGUCGUUCCCCAACACAAAGGUUGUGGGUUCGAUUCUCCCCCCUGAUGAACUCGUCUAAGUAUCCUUGAACAAGAUACUGAACCCCACGUUGCUCCUGGUGCUGCGUCACCAGUAGGUAGAUGAGGAAUUUGAGCACCCUAAAAGGUGGAAAAGCGCUAUAUAACACCAUUUACCAUUUAGUCUUGCGAAGCCAACAGCCGAUGUCUAGAAUAACUUUCUCCACAUUUGGCAACAAGGGACAGGCAUUCCAGGGACAUAUAAUCAGUGUUGUCACGGAUUACUUAAAAAAGUAAUUUUAU